GUGCAAGGAGAAAUAUCAUUGACCUAUUCAUACCUUUUCUACAUCCUACACUUUGAACUAUUGAAACCCUUCGCAAUGUCUGGCUUACCAGCGUUAGUGGUGCCAGCCAUCAAGCGGCACACCUCGACCGUGAUUGUCGCGCAUGGCCUAGGAGACAGCGGCGCAGGAUGGAUGUUCCUCGCCGAAAGCUGGCGCAGCAAGCACAAAUUCGAAGAGACCAAGUUCAUCUUCCCCAACGCCCCCUCCAUCCCCAUCACAGUCAACAUGGGCAUGCGCAUGCCCGGCUGGUACGACAUCACCGACUUCGGUGACCUGCACAACCGCACCGACGACGAGACGGGCAUCGCGCGCAGCCAAGCAGUCUUCCACAACCUCGUAGCCGACGAGAUCAAAGCCGGCAUUCCCACCGAGCGCAUCGUGCUCGGCGGCUUCAGCCAGGGCGGCGCAAUGAGUCUGCUGGCGGGCGUGACGUGUCCAACGAAGCUGGGAGGCAUAUUCGGGCUGAGCUGUUAUCUUUUGCUGCAAGGGAAGUUGAAGGAGAUGGUGCCGGCGAAUGCGCCGAAUCAGAAGACACCCAUUUUCAUGGGACAUGGCGACGCGGAUCCGCUUGUUAGAGUGCAGUGGGGACUGGCUACGGCGGACAAAUUGAGGAGUUGGGGAUAUGAUGUGGACUUCAACACGUACCCUGGUCUACCACAUUCGGCUGCGCCGAAGGAAAUUGAUGACCUGGAGGUGUAUCUCAAAGAAAGAAUACCAGACCUCGAUGCCGGGAGCAAAGCGUGACUAGUCGAAGCUGAGCGAGAGAUCAAAGAGCCCUACGACGCCGGCGAGAUCAGGCUUGUGUUUGGAGUGGUUGGCUUGGUCCUCAUUUGGAUUCUCACGCUUGCUUUUUGGAGGCGAUGGAGGCGCUGAAAGAUGCAUGUCCUCAACGAUGCUCGAAUGUUAGAUGACGAAAUAGAAUCUCAACAAAGCUUUGGCACCGCACGCUAUACUCCGUAUGCCAAUC